AUGGAGUCGGAGAGGCCGUUCUUAGGCCUCCAACGCAGGCGAGCGUUCUGGGCGCUUCGACGGUUGCCUGCCCGCCCGCCCGUGCCUUCCGCGCCAAAGGCCCCACCCCUGUUCCGCCUGGCACUGGCCUCACCCACAGGCCGGGCACCCGAGCCGACGUCUAUGGCAAACGGCCACCGCGCAUGCGCAGUGCCGUUCUGCGCGCGCUGCCGGACAAGGAAGGAGACCCGCGGUUGGAGGCAGCCGGGCGCGCGGACUGUCAUGGCGGCGGCCGAAAUUGGGAUAGAGGGCGGCGGUGCCACUGCCGGCCCGAGGCCGGACGCUGGGACGCAGCGGGCAGAGCUCUUGCCGCUCCUGGGGGCGGCUCUGAGGCCGGGGGAGUCCUGGUUCCUGAUUGACAGCCGGUGGUUCAAGCAGUGGAAGAAAUAUGUGGGCUUUGACAGUUGGGACCUGUACAACGCUGGAGAGCCUAAUCUCUACCCGGGACCGAUUGAUAACUUUGGGCUUUUCGCAGAUUCAGAAGCUCAAACCUUGAAAGCUCAAACCUUGAAAGAGCACCUAAUUGAUGAGUUGGAUUAUGUGUUGGUUCCUACUGAAGCCUGGAAUAAAUUAGUAAACUGGUAUGGCUGUAUAGAGGGACAACAGCCAAUUGUCAGAAAAGUUGUGGAGUAUGGUCUGUUUGUGAAGCACUGCAAAGUAGAGGUUUAUCUUCUGGAGCUGAAACUGUGUCAGAACAGUGACCCUGCUAAUCUUGCAAGCUCUUAUUUCAGCAAAGCAGACACUGUUGCUACCAUUGAAAAAGAAAUGAGAAAGCAGUUUAAUAUCCCAGAUGACAAGGAGAUUAGGCUAUGGAGUAGAUAUAUGAGUAAUACUUAUGAGCAGCUAAGCAAACUUGACAGCACUAUACAAGAUGCGGGACUCUAUCAAGGACAGGUAGUGUUAAUAGAAGUGAAGAAUGAAGAUGGUACAUGGCCCAGGCAGUCUUCUCUGGCAAAAUCUAGCACUGUGACUAGAAGUCUAACUACCUCUUCAAAAUCACCAGCAAGCUCUUGCUCCUCAGUAGUUGCCUCUUCAACCAUUACAAAUGGGGAUAGCAAUAAUUCUUAUGGAUUGAAUUGUUCCAGCCUUGGCAAAGGAGGCUCUAGCUUUUCUUGCAACUCCUUCAACAACAGAGAGAGCCCUCCUCAGACACAGCCUGGUCUCUGUGGGCUCAGUAACCUGGGAAAUACAUGUUUUAUGAACUCUGCAUUACAGUGUUUGAGUAACACCCCUCCACUGACCGAUUAUUUCCUGGAAGAUAAAUAUGAAGCUGAAAUAAAUCAGGACAAUCCUCUUGGAAUGAGGGGAGAAAUUGCAGAAGCCUACGCAGAACUCAUCAAACAGAUGUGGUCUGGGAGGCACUCUCAUGUGGCUCCCCGCAUGUUCAAAACCCAAGUUGGCCGAUUUGCUCCUCAGUUUUCAGGAUAUCAGCAACAAGAUUCCCAGGAGCUUCUGGCCUUUCUUCUAGAUGGUUUACAUGAAGAUCUAAACAGAGUAAAGAAGAAACCUUAUUUGGAGUUGAAAGAUGCUAACGGCAGGCCUGAUUUGGUAGUGGCAAAAGAAGCAUGGGAGAACCAUCAACUGCGUAAUGACUCAAUUAUCGUUGAUAUUUUUCAUGGUCUUUUCAAAUCCACAUUGGUUUGCCCAAAAUGUUCUAAAGUUUCUGUGACUUUUGAUCCGUUUUGCUAUUUAACCCUUCCAUUGCCCUUGAAGAAAGAUCGGCCCAUGGAUGUGUUUUUGGUCUUUGCAGAUCCACAGCGCAGACCUACUCAAUAUCGGGUAGUUGUGCCAAUGAUGGGGGCUGUAUCUGACAUGUGUGAUGCACUCUCAAAACUUUCCAGUAUCCCCGCAGAAAAUAUGAUGGUGACAGAUGUUUAUAAUCACAGAUUCCAUAAAAUUUUCCAGAUGGAUGAGGGCUUAAGUCAUAUUAUGCCAAAAGACAACAUCUUUGUGUAUGAAGUUUGCAGACCAAUGGAGGACAGUGCUGAAUGCAUCACUCUUUCAGUUUACUUCAGAGAGAAGAAAGCAAGACAAUCUAACACAACUCCAGGAACUAUUCUCUAUGGCCAGCCACUACUCCUGUCUAUACCCAAACACAAGCUCACCCUAGAUUAUUUGUACAAUGUUAUUUUGGAGCGGAUUAGCCGAUAUGUAAAGCUUUCUUUGGUGGAAGAAUUUUCUGAUGUAUCUGCAAACCAUGGAACUUGUAAUGGUGCCAGUGGUGUUUCUGAAGGUGAAAUUGAAGAGAUGGAACACCAGAAUGGAGAGGAAGAAAACAGAGAGAAAGUGUUGGAAACAGAUGCCUGCCAGUCAGAAGACUGCAUUCAGGAUGAGCUGGGCAAGGAAGAUCUGCAGCACAGGAAGCAUCUCUUCAGCUUCAGUAUUGUGAAUUCUUAUGGGACAUCAGAAAUAAAUUCCCUUACCACCGACGGGAAUGUCCUCAAGUUGAGUUCCCAUGCUACUCUUGCUAUUGACUGGGAUUCUGGCACUCGCAAGUUGCUUUUUGAUGAACAAGAAGCACAGGCAUUUGAAAAACACAACAGUAUGUUCCAGCCACAGAAGAAGAAAACUACUGUAGCUCUUAGAGAUUGCAUUGAACUCUUCACUACAAUGGAAACACUUGGUGAACAUGAUCCCUGGUAUUGUCCUAAUUGCAAGAAGCACCAGCAAGCCACCAAGAAGUUUGACCUUUGGUCACUUCCACGUAUUUUGGUGGUACACUUAAAACGUUUCUCAUACAACAGAUACUGGAGAGAUAAACUUGACACUGUGGUUGAAUUCCCCAUCAGGGAUUUGAACAUGUCUGAGUUUGUUUGUGACCCAGCAGCAAGCCCAUACAUAUAUGACCUCAUUGCUGUUUCCAACCACUAUGGAGGCAUGGGUGUGGGACAUUAUACUGCAUAUGCAAAGAAUAAAGUAAAUGGCAAAUGGUACUACUUUGAUGACAGCAGUGUGUCUCCAGCAUCUGAAGAGCAAAUAGUUACAAAAGCAGCAUAUGUACUAUUCUACCAACGUAGAGAUGGCGACGCCAAGAGAGAUCCAUCUCCUUGCACAAGUGUUGAGCUGACAUCUGAAGAGUGUGAUGGCAUGGAUACCAACUGAGCUUACCUGGCAGUGUUUCAAGCAAUCAAAUUGCUCAUUUGAAAACGCAUCUGAAGCAUCUGAGAACUGCUCCAUGUGCACAACACAAAAUGGGAAGUCCAA